AUGUCUACACAUAACAGAAGAACAACAGUACUGCUCUUAGGUGCACGAGGCUAUGUUGGAUCAGUGCUACUUGAGAGAAUACUGCAACACCCCUAUAUUGAUACAGUGUAUGCUAGCUCUGACUCAGCAGAAGGAAGAUACAUCGCCUCAGAUUUCCCUCUCAUAACAGAGCAGCAAAUGCAGAAAUUAGCAAGCAAAACCUACAUAUCUACGCAUGCACUGUAUACGCAGGAGCUAGCACAUGCGUGUACUGCAAUAUUUUCUGCAUUGCCACAUGGGGUACUCGCAAAGCACAUACAAGCAUUUCUACCUAAUACAAAACCCUCCAACACCCUAGCAUCCCACUCAAAAGAGUCCACCUGUAUUAUCGACCUUUCGGGAGAUUUUAGACUAAAAAACAGCGAGGUAUACGCAGAGUACUACCGUACUGAGCACCCCAACCCAUCGCUACUAGCUAAGGCUACAUAUGGUCUAAGCGAAUGGUAUAGACAUGAUAUACAGCAUGCUACAAUAAUAGCAAAUCCGGGCUGCUACCCAACCGCUACCCUACUCCCCAUGCUCCCCAUACUGCGAACAAGCACUAUUCAAGGGCUUAUACAUAUCACAGCUAUCACUGGUAUUUCUGGUGCGGGAAGAACUCAAGAUAGCAAUUUUCUUUUCUGCGAGCGGAAUGAAAACAUUAGCGCGUACAAAUCUGGAAUUCAACAUAGACAUGUACCAGAAAUACAACAGGAAAUUAAGAACCUGGGGGGGGCGAGCGAUGUUGAAGUAGUUUUUACUCCACAUCUCGCCCCAAUAAGCAGUGGUAUGUAUUGUAGUAUUAUGCUCGCUCUCCCAUCUCGUGCUGAAAGUAUACGGGCAAGAGAAGCGUUGUAUGCUCAAUAUCUUGCUGAACCCUUUGUGUCUGUAAUAGAUAGCGAUAGCAACUCACAGUAUCAUGGAACACUGCAUGUACGCAAUUCAAAUCAUGCGAUUAUUAACACUCGAUGUGAGGAUAACUGUAUACUACUGCAUUGCAUGAUAGAUAAUCUAUGGAAGGGUGCUGCUGGUCAAGCAUUGCAGAAUUUCAACAUACGCUUCGGCUACGAAGAAUGGGCGGGGUUAACCUAA